AAACAUUCCCGCUUGUUCUCCGUCGACGCCCAACCAUAGAUUUUGCCACCGGAUUACGUGUUGAAGCAUGUCUUGCUCUUCCUCCUCCCAAACCUCUUUCCCAACUCUCCGGACCGUUACAAUAUCUUAUUCUGAACUCACGGACAAGGAUGCUGACCUGUCAAUGAAAAUUGAAGAAGGAUUUGGACCGAAUGGACUGGGAAUUCUAUCAAUCACAGAUGUUCCAGGAUUUGCUACAUUACGUCGAAAUCUUCUGGACCUUGCACCUAGAUUAGCUAGCCUGCCUGAAGAAGUGAAGAAGGAACUUGAGGAUCCUCAGAGUAGGUACAGCUUUGGAUGGAGUCAUGGGAAAGAGCAGAUUGAAUCUGGGAAACAAGAUCUGCUGAAAGGUUCAUUCUAUGCAAAUCCACUAAUUGAUGUGCCAACAACUGAUGCAUACUUGAUUGAGAGGUAUCCAUCAUAUUGUGGAGCAAAUAUAUGGCCUCAGGCUGCAUUGCCAGAACUUGAAGUGGCUUUCAAAACUCUGGGAAAGCUGAUCUUUGAUGUUGGUUUGAUGGUCAUUUAUCACUGUGAUCAAUAUGUAUCUAGGGCGAUGAAAAUGCAAAAGGAUGAAGGCCUUAAAGAAGUACUUCUUCGCUCUCGCUGUCACAAAGGCCGUUUGCUUUAUUACUUUCCUGCACACUUGAGUGAUCAUAAAAAAGAUGGUGACUCCACUUCAUCUUGGUGUGGAUGGCAUACAGACUAUGCCUCACUGACAGGUCUGACUUGUGGCAUGUUUAAGAGGGGUGGUGUAGAAGUAGCUUUCCCUGAUAGUGCUGCUGGCCUUUAUAUAAGAACACGGACAGGUGAAAUUGUCAAAGAAGCAUGGGAGGAGGACAAAUAUUAUGGGACAAAACUAGAAAUUUCCGUAUUUAUACUGCAGAAGGCCAUUUUUGGAGAAGAUGAAAUAGCAUACCAAAUUGGUGAGACUACUGAAAUUCUUUCUCGAGGUUAUCUUUGUGCAACACCUCACUGUGUUCGGGCACCAAAAGGAGAGGAGGCUUCUGGUGUUGACCGAUCAACAUUUGCAUUAUUUUUGCAACCCGAUUGGGAUGAAAAGCUCAACUUUCCUGAGGAGGUUCAUAUUCAUAAAGAGCUGAUACCAUCAAAGGGCACUCUUACUUUUGGGGAGUAUUCUGAGGUGCUCCUGGACAAAUAUUACAAGAAAAUAUGAAAACCCUGUAUACUCUCUUCUACCAGCUUUAAUCUUUAUUGUAUCUCCUAAUGCUAGGUAGACUUAAUAAGAACAAUAAUCCAGAAAGCUUCAUCCUCAUUUCAUAAAAACGAAACAACUCAGUGGCUCUCUGGUGCAAUUCCAUGUUGAUUUUUAUCAACCAAUAAAAUUAAAUAGGUAAUGGUUGACCACGGUCAUUUUUCUUCGUC